AUGAACACCACAUACUCUCUGGAUUUAGUCGAGCCCGAAGCGCCCUUGCCCAAACGCCGCAAAACCAACGACAUGGCCAAAACCAUGGUGCAGGGAAACGCCGAACAACAGCAGCAGCCUUGGUCCAAUUCGAUCAACAAUCGCUACAAGGGCCGCAUUAUUUUAACAACAUACCCCGGACAAAGUGUGGUUGACCCAGUCAGCCUGAACUGGGGAGCAGCCGAUCCACAGGAAAGAGGACCCGUCCUGGUAUCGCGACAUGGCGAGACGCUGAAGAAGCGCAACGCCAUCGGCGCCCAUGGAGGCAGCUACGGGAUCUACGCGGCGCUGGCCAUAGCGAUCGGGGACCUGCCGACGGACUUCCGGCCCAACUUCCAGAAUACGCAGCCGACGUUCAGCCCGCCGCAACAACCGGCGUGGGGGGACGCGAACAAGAUCGUGUCCAUGGACCCGUUCGGCCACGAGGUGGUCAAGAACUACCAGAGCUACCUAGACGCGGGGCUGGACGUGCGGCCGACCAUCGCCAUCACGCGCGCCAAUAUGCGGCUGUCCGAGGUCACGGAGGCCGUGCGCGAGAACCGGCUGCAAGUGGACGGCAGCGUAGUGGUGAACGCGUCCGGCGAUGUACGCGUGACCAAAGUCGCCGUCGAGCCCGUCUGGUACCUGCCGGGCGUGUCUAAGCGGUUUGGCGUCGACGAAGGCGUACUCCGCCGCGCCCUAUUCGAGCACACCGGCGGCAGCUACCCGGAACUUAUCACGCGGCCGGACAUUAAGGUGUUCUUGCCCCCGAUCGGCGGCCUGACCGUCUAUAUCUUCGGCCCGCCGGAGCGCGUAUCCGACCCGAACGUCAAACUAGCCCUGCGCAUCCACGACGAGUGUAACGGCUCCGACGUCUUCCAGUCCGAUAUCUGCACCUGUCGCCCGUACCUAGCCUUCGGUAUAGAGGAGGCUAUUAAGGAGGCCCAGAACGGCGGGUCCGGCGUCGUCAUCUACUUCCGUAAGGAAGGUCGCGCGUUAGGCGAGGUCGUCAAGUACUUGGUCUACAACUCGCGCAAGCGAGGGGGGGACACUGCGGACAAGUACUUUACCAGAACUGAGAACAUUGCCGGCGUCAGAGAUAUGCGUUUCCAGGCUCUGAUGCCAGACAUCCUUCACUGGCUCGGCAUCACCAAGAUCGACCGGAUGUUGUCAAUGUCCAACAUGAAACACGACGCUAUUGUGGAACAGGGCAUUCCUAUCUACGAGCGCGUUCCUAUACCUGAUCACAUGAUCCCAGAAGAUUCGCGGGUCGAAAUCGACGCAAAGAUCAACGCCGGCUACUUCACCACCGGCAAGCAAUAUACCGAGGAAGAGCUCAAACACGUCAAAGGCCGAGGAUGGCAAGGCUGGGAGGAUGUGACGCAUUAG